GUACAGAGUGCAACAGCAACGGUCAGCAACGAGGCGUGUGAAGCCGCAUAGAUCUGUGUUUUAUGAAUGAUAUCUUAUAUAUAUUUUAGUUUGCAUAGACUCAUUUGUUUGGACUAAGAAAAUAAAAUAAACUUAUAACGGAGGUCCAAUAACUUCAGGGUAUAGCCCAGUAGAUAUAUAAUCAGUUCAGAGUGUUCAACACAAUUCGUCACCAUGAGCUCUUUAUCAGUUAUGAGUCUCAUAACAAAGUUAGCUGCUAUUAUUGCUGGGAUAUUCACGCAGCCAACAGUUUAUCCUACGAGUGUUAUGCCUCAGGAUACAAUCGUCGACUUCAUCGUAGUGGGCGCAGGCUCAGCGGGCAGUGUGGUGGCUGGUCGACUCUCCGAGGUGCCGGAAUGGGAGGUGCUGGUGUUGGAGGCCGGAGGACAACCGCCCACGUUCACAAAAAUUCCGUUGCUACAAAUUGCUUCUUCCUUACCGAACUUAUCUUACGUCAACCAGUAUCCGAUAAUUGCUCAAAAAUACUCUAGUCAAUUUUACGUGGAUCGAAGGUACAUGACGGGGAAAAUGAUCGGAGGAACAGGCGCCAUCAAUCGGAUGAUCCACAACCGAGGCAACCCCCAAGAUUACGACAAUUGGGCCCAGUUAGGAAACCCAGGCUGGGACUGGGAAACAGUUUUGAAAUAUUUCAAGAAAUCUGAAGAUUACCGAAGUCCCAUGAAGCCUAGAGAUGCUCCAUUCCGUGGGAUCGGCGGUCCUAUGAGCGUGCAGAAAGUUGGCUGGAUGCCGCCGGUUGGUAGACUUGCUAUACAGGCUGGCAUGGAGGUGGGCUUACCGGAAAUCGACUACAACACAGAUACAAAAAUCGGUAGCAGUAUUUUACAGCUAGCAACGCGUAAUGGCGAGCGAGUGACUUCGGCAGAUGCAUUUUUAAAGCCAAUCAUGCAGCGCAAAAACCUGAAGCUACAAAUCAACUCUCAAGUUAUCAAGAUACUACUGAAUAAAAACAACGAUGCAAUCGGAGUCACAUAUGUUCAUAAAAAUAAGGCAAGUUUAACAUCAGGUCCGUUGAGUGUUCCUACUGGUGCCUGCGCAUCGUAUUUGCUGAAUGUCCACAAUCCAGAUGAGCCAACCGUCCCGGACAUUCAAGUGUUCCUGGGAUGUGCGCUUGAAGGACUAGACUAUGGUCUUUUCUCCUUGGGCGGCUUCCAAGAAUCAGUCCGAGAAUAUUAUCGACCGACGCUGGGUAGAGAUGGUUUCAUCAUGCUUCCGAUGCUGUCCAGACCGAAGAGCGUCGGGACGGUGACCCUCAAGUCUAGGAACCCCUUCGACCCGCCCGUCCUGGACGACAAUUCACUCAGUCACCCCGACGACGUCGAGCUUAUGGUCAAAGCUGCUAAGGCUUCACUGAAGUUAGGGAAUGCCAAGAUCUUCCGUAGGGCGCUCGGAGCUGAACCUCUCAAAAAACCAAUUCCUGGCUGCGCGCAUCUUGAGUUCCAGUCCGACGACUACUGGAGAUGUUUCGUGCGCGGCAUGACGGGUGUGAUGUUGCACAUCAGCGGCACCUGCAAGAUGGCUCCAGACUCCGACCCCAUGGGGGUGGUUACGUCGCGGCUCAUCGUGCGAGGUGUCAGGAAUUUACGCGUCAUGGACGCGUCAAUCAUGCCUCAAAUAGUUUCCGGCAACCCGAACGCCCCGGUGGUCAUGAUAGGGGAAAGAGGGGCAGAUCUAAUCAAAGAAGAUUAUGGAAAAAUUUAACUGAAUAUCAAUUAACUUGGGACUUCCCUUGUAGACGCGGCCGGGACAGGACGUGCCGCGGUUGGCUCGAACUGAAGUAAAUCGUUGACGUUCAUUUUUUUUGUUGGCUAGUUUUUAAUUGUACAGCUUGCCUUCAAGUGAAGCAAUUCAGUGUUUCGGCGGAAAAGAAGGGAAGUCAGUAAAAAAUAGUACAAUUGUUCAGUGUAAAAGUGUUCAGAAAAUUACUCCUUUAUUUAUAAAAAUACUUGGCAAAAACAGCUCUGUACAAUGAAAUUAUAGCAUUCAAUACGUGAAGCAGUGAAACGUUUACAUUAAGUGUCAGGUGUUUAAAUUGAAUCAGUGAAACAAAUAAGAGAGUUAAGCUGUAGUAAGUGAGGGAAGCUGCAAGUGUGCUCGAACUGAAGAUAUUCAUGAUUUCCAGUCGACACUACAGCGCGGUAUGUGAGCCCAGCGUUUCGAGCUCAAAGUUUUGCGGUCAGUGUAUGAGCUCAUUGUAAUUCAGUGAUAUUCAGUGUUAUAGUGUAAAAUAUCCAGUGCAAUAGUAUAAUGAGAAAAACAAGGUAAGAUGGCUAAAUAUGUUGUGAUGCAACUCCCUAUGGGUAGUUCGUUCAUAAUUUUCAAGGAGCUUUUCAAUGCGGCACUUUUACUACAGAGCAGCAAAUGCAUUAUUCAUUCAUCUAAAAUGUACAGAAUUACCUAUUUAUUGCCUUGUUCGGCUCGACCAGACCAGAGUCUCCUAUGAAUGUAAGAACUGCGUGGUGAGCAUUUGUGAAAGUUUCAAAGAAAGCGAAACUAAGCUUAUCGCAGCCAUGGAAGAAAAACCUAAACUGAUGGGUGCGUGCCCGGUGGUGCUGGCCACAUCUUUCGAUUGCCACCUCCUCUUCCCUUGCAGCGAACUGUACUCUUGCCUCGCCCACUACCCCCUCUCCCACCUCUUCCCUCACUUCCAAACCUACCUCUACCGCCAGCCUUAGAGUACCCACACAGUGAAAGCAGGUUGCCAGCGUGCUGGUUACUGCUGAGG